AUGCUGGCCCUGCUGCUCUUCAUCCUCAUCAACCCCGCCGUCAUGGCCGUGGAAGAGGACAGCGACGACCCCGAAGUCGACUUCGACCUGGGCUAUGCUAUCCUUCUUGGAGGACUGUUCGUUCUCCUCGUCUACCAACUGGUCCCGAGGCGUCACCGCAAGAUCAGCUACGAGGAGCAGGAGGAUAUUGAGGAGCAAGAGAAAGUCAACGACCCGGUGCCCCAGAGCAACGCCGAGGCGGACAAGGAUCCCGAUGAAGAUCCUCUACACUCCAAAUAUCGCCAGGAGCUGAGCACGAUGAUCGCGCUCGUGGCCAUGAGGAGCACGAAUAUGAUGGGGAUCCUUGACUGCCCCGGCGCCGUUUGGGAGAUUCCGCUCGCUGAAUUUACAAACCAGCUCAAGGGCGCCAUCGCCAACAAGGCCACCACAUUGGCCCAUCUCGAAAGCGUGUGUCGCCAACUUACCGAAGAAUUCUCGACCUCCCUGGUGUCGUUCAUGAGCGCGAAGUUGCGGAAAUGGAAGCCGACGGGCGUCGUGAGCGACGCGCUGCCGACGGAGGAGCUGCUGAGCACCCUCAUCGCCUCGGAUCUCAGCCGGAAAGGGAUGACCUGGUUGGGAGACGUCGUGGGAGACAUGUGCGACGACGCGCGCAUCGAGCGCUUCACCUACCAGUGGGCUGAGGCUGCCGCGGCCGGGGAGGGCGGCCUCCGCGGGUGGCAGAUGACGGUUGAGGAACACUUUUCCGACAUUGGCGAGGCGGUCAUGGACGAGUUGUCCAAGGCAUGCUCGGCCGCGGAUAAGCCUGGACCAGCCGGCCCGACGCAAGCUCAGCGGGACAUGAUCAACGCCUUUGCGAAAUCCGUGCUGAGUGAGCUUCGUUUGGAC